GGAGUGGGGGAAUGAGGAAAAGAAUCUAUAAAAUAGAGGAGUUGGCGUAUGGUGGGAUGCAGAGGAGCAUAGCCAAACCCUCAACCGUCUUUCACUGCUCUGUCACUCACUCAUAGCCCGUAGCCGUCCGAUGAGAGGGAAACAACUGUUAACUGAAUCCGUUGCAGUUGUCCAGGCGUCGCAUCCUCAUCAUCACCCUGUUUCUCUUCCAUCUGUUUCUCUUUUUUUUUUCCUAAUUUCCUUUUUCUAAUUUUCUAAAAUCAUUUUCUCUUUCCUUAUUCCCUCAAUUUUCUAAGCAAACUAAAAUUAAAAGGGGAAAGACGUCAUGGAACUGGCAAUGAAGGUGGCAGAGGCGGUCCAUGUGCUCAACCAUGAUACCCAAUCCUGCAAUCGCGUCGCAGCCAAUCAGUGGCUUGUUCAGUUCCAACAGACCCAUGCCGCCUGGGACGUUGCCACUGCCAUCCUCACGGCCGAUCGCCACCUCCCCCUCGCCUCCAAUUUUGAGGUCGAGUUCUUCGCAGCGCAGAUUCUCAAACGCAAGAUUCAAAAUGAAGGUUAUCUACUGCAGUUAGGAGUUAAAGAUGCUUUGUUAAAUGCCCUUCUUCUUGCCGUGAAAAGAUUCAGUACUGGUCCACCUCAGCUUUUGACACAGAUCUGUCUUGCCCUCUCUGCACUUGUACUCCAAGUUGCUGCAUAUGGAAACCCAAUUGAGCAGCUCUUUUACAGUCUGCAGAAUCUGCAAAGCCAAGAUGAUGGCAAUAUUGCUGUCCUUGAGAUGCUCACUGUCCUGCCAGAGGAAGUUGUUGACAACCAGCGUAUUGACUCUAAAAUUAGUUCAUUACACAAAAGCCACUAUACCCAAGAGCUUCUCUCCCAUACACCUAUGGUUCUUGAGUUCUUGCUGCAGCAGUCUGAAAUAAAUUUUGAUGGUUCUGUGCAACAACAUGAAAGAAACAGGAAAAUUCUACGCUGCUUAUUGAGUUGGGUGCGCCAUUGUACUGAUGACUCAUUGGGUUUUUGCAUUUUUUCUGUUAAAGCAGGUUGCUUCUCAGAGAUAUCUCCUGGAACAUUGCCAGCACACCCACUUCUAAAUUUUGUGUUCAACUCAUUGCAGGUUUCAUUAUCAUUUGAUCUAGCCAUUGAAGUUCUUGUUGAACUUGUGACUAAACACGAGGGAGUACCCCAAAUUUUGUUAUGCAGGGUACAAUAUUUAAAGGAAGUACUUCUUUUUCCAGCUCUUACUAGGGGAGACAUGAAAGUAAUUGGUGGCCUCGCUUGCUUGUUGUCAGAAAUUGGACAGGCUGCUCCAUCUCUUAUUGUUGAAGCAAGUGCAGAAGCUCUUGCUCUUACAGACGCCCUCUUGAGCUGCGUGGCAUUUUCAAGUGAAGAUUGGGAGAUUGCAGACUCAACACUUCAGUUUUGGUCUACUCUUGCAGGCUAUAUACUUGGCAUUGAAGAUGGUGCAAAAAGUAGAAAACAUAUGGAAGACAUUUUUUCUCCUGUCUUCUCAACAUUACUUGAUUCACUGUUAUUGCGUUCUCAGGUGGAUGAUUGUACAUACAAUGAUGACGGAAGAGUAGUUGAUUUGCUUGAUGGUCUUAUCCAUUUCAGGAUGAACCUAGUAGAACUUUUGGUGGAUAUAUGCCACCUGUUAGGAUCUACUACGUUUAUGCAAAAGGUGCUUUGGAAACUCUUUAUUGGUGGGUGGGCAUGUCAAAAUCUAUCAAUCCCUUGGAAGGAAGUGGAAAGCAAACUAUUUGCUCUUAAUGCUGUGGCUGAUGUAAUCAUACAGGAUGGCCAAAGUUAUGAUUUCUCUGUAGUUAUGCAGUUGGUGACCAUGUUAUCCAUUAAACCUUCUGAUGGCUUGAAGGGCUUCAUUUGCAUUGUAUACAGAUCCCUGGCAGAUGUUGUUGGUUCAUAUUCCAAGUGGAUAUCUGCUUUUAAGGAAAAUUUUAGAUCCUUGCUAUUAUUUCUUGCUAUUGGGAUUUCAGAACCUCUAUCUUCAAAUGCUUGUGCAUCUGCCUUGCGAAAAGUCUGUGAAGAUGCUUCUGUAGUAAUUUAUGAGCCUUCAAAUUUGGAAAUUUUAAUGUGGAUAGGAGAGGGUUUAGAGAAAUGGAAUUUAUCUUUGGAAGAUGAGGAAGAAGUUAUGCAUGCAAUAAGUCUGGUUCUUGGUUCUGUGUCCAAUCGGGAACUAAAGAACAACUUAUUGGCUAGAUUGCUUUCAUCUAGCUAUGAAGCUAUUGGGAAACUUGUUGAUCCCGAAAUGAGCCUGUCUCUUAAACAGAACCCUGCUUCUUAUACACAAGUUUUAAAUGCUGCCUCUAGAGGGUUGCACAGAAUUGGAACUGUAUUCAGUCAUCUUUCCAUAUCCGUGGCAACUGAACCUGCUACAGAUGACUCAAUACUUUCACUGCUAAGGGUUUUCUGGCCAAUCUUGGAGAAAAUAUUUGGCUCUGAGCAUAUGGAGAAUGGAAAUUUAUCUGUAGCAGCUUGCCGAGCUCUUUCACUAGCUGUUCAAUCUUCAGGUCAACAUUUUGUGACAUUACUGCCCAAGGUGAUGGACUGGCUUUCAACAAAUUUUGUUUUGUUCCAAAGUCAUGAAUGUUAUAUAAGAACUGCUUCCAUUGUCAUUGAAGAAUUUGGUCACCUAGAGGAGUAUGGACCUUUAUUUGUUACUUUGUUUGAAAGAUUUACUCAUGCAGCUUCUGUAAUGGCCCUAACUUCCUCCUACAUAUGUGACCAAGAACCUGACUUAGUGGAGGCCUACACCAAUUUUGCAUCAACAUUUAUCCGAUCCUGUAACAAGGAUGCCCUAUCAGCAUGUGCUUCUCUUCUUGAAGUUUCUAUCCAAAAGGCAGCUAUAUGUUGCACAGCCAUGCACCGUGGUGCCGCGCUUGCUGCAAUGUCAUAUUUAUCUUGUUUUUUAGAUGUGGGCCUUCUCUCUCUGUUAGAAUGUAUGAAUUGUAUUACCGAGGGAUCAUUCAACAUUACAGCCAUUCACGUUAUAUCUCACAGUGGUGAGGGGCUUGUAUCUAAUGUGGUGUAUGCUUUACUUGGUGUGUCUGCUAUGUCUCGGGUUCAUAAGUGCGCAACAAUUUUGCAACAACUAGCAGCAAUUUGCACACUAUCUGAAAGAACAACAUGGAAGGCUAUACUUUGCUGGCAAACACUUCAUGGCUGGCUGCAGUAUGCGGUUCAGGCUCUUCCUGCUGAAUACCUAAACCAUGGAGAAGCAGAGGCCAUAGUGCCACUUUGGUCAAAGGCACUUGCUGAUGCAGCCUCUGAUUAUCUUGAGAGCAAGAACUCUGAUGGAUUAAAGAGCGAUUUCGGACAUAUGCAAGGGAAGGGUGGCAGAGUUCUAAAGCGGCUGGUUCGGGAAUUUGCUGAUGCUCACCGAAAUAUUCCAAAUUUAACUUGAGCACUGGAUGAACAUUUUUGUUUCGUAUAAUGCAUUUCAGCAUGCAGGUUCAAGAGUUGAUGAGGCACCUUUGGUCUUCCCCAAAUGGUAAGGGUACCUGUAUUAUUUGUUGUAAAUUGAUGAGAUAUGUAUAGAUGCGCGUAUGGUCAACUGUGGUGCCCUACCAUCUAAAGUGCCUUAUCAUUUUCCAUUACUAUUUUCUGUAUUUUGUCCACUGUACAGUAUAUGCCCACAAUUUUGGCCCUAAAGAAUCAGGUUAGGAUAGAUGCCCCCUUUUUUCAAAUUGUACAGGAUAUCCAUUAAGGAUCAUCCGCAUAUGGAACUGCAGAUUUUUGAAGGAAAGAAAAUUAAUGACACUUAUAAUCUACAGUCAUUUCAUUGUACUAUGAGGAAAACACUUCUUCAUAAAUA